CACUGAGAGCGACAGUGAGUUGAGUUUUCUACAGUUGUUGUUGAUGCUGCACUGGGGCCGGAGAGAAGGGGGAGGAGCUACAGACGUGCGGUCACUGGAUACAUUGUAUCAGUUCUUAUCCCCCAACGUUCCAUCAUCCCUCGCGCAGAGGAGCAGCCGCCUGAUCUCCCCGGGACCGAGCAGCCGCCUGAUCUCCCCGGGACCGAGCAGCCGCCUGAUCACUCCGGGACCGAGCAGCCGCCUGAUCACUCCGGGACCGAGCAGCCGCCUGAUCACUCCGGGACCGAGGGACCGAGCAGCCGCCUGAUCACUCCGGGACCGAGCAGCCGCCUGAUCACUCCGGGACCGAGCAGCCGCCUGAUCACUCCGGGACCGAGCAGCCGCCUGAUCACUCCGGGACCGAGCAGCCGCCUGAUCUCCCCGGGACCGAGCAGCCGGCAGCCGCCUGAUCACCCCGGGACUGUACACGGCCACAUCUGCCCCCAGGGUGAGCAGCAACCAUUAGAACCAUAGGCAACCUGAGAAAGCGCCGGGCGGCGGCCGGCAGCUCCAGCAAGGUGGCGAUGGCGGCGAUCCGCAAAAAGCUGGUGGUGGUGGGGGACGGGGCGUGCGGCAAGACCUGCCUGCUCAUCGUCUUCAGCAAGGACGAGUUCCCCGAGGUGUACGUGCCCACCGUCUUCGAGAACUACGUGGCCGACAUCGAGGUGGACGGCAAGCAGGUGGAGCUGGCCCUGUGGGACACGGCGGGCCAGGAGGACUAUGACCGGCUGCGGCCGCUCUCCUACCCGGACACGGACGUCAUCCUCAUGUGCUUCUCCGUGGACAGCCCGGACUCGCUGGAGAACAUCCCGGAGAAGUGGGUGCCCGAGGUCAAGCACUUCUGCCCCAACGUGCCCAUCAUCCUGGUGGCCAACAAGAAGGACCUACGGAACGACGAGCACAUCCGCAACGAGCUGGCCCGCAUGAAGCAGGAGCCGGUGCGCACCGAGGACGGCCGGGCCAUGGCCAUCCGCAUCUCCGCUUAUGAGUACCUGGAGUGCUCGGCUAAGACCAAGGACGGUGUGCGGGAGGUGUUCGAGACGGCCACCAGGGCGGCGCUGCAGAAGAGGCACGGGCCCAGCGGGGAGUGUAUGAGCUGCUGCAAACUGCUCUGAUCCUGCUGGUGCUGUGGACUGGAAACCUAAUGCUGCCUGUCCGGCCCUGCUGCCCCCGUGGGGGUUGCCGGCUCUGGAGGUGACCCCUGUAUGGGGAAGGGUUAUGAUGAGUGCACUCCACCAUGAGACUUGUUAGCUGCUGUUUGCCCCCUUGCCAGGCAGUACCAGCCUCAGUAUUUCCCAGACAGACUGUUGCAGUUGGACAUGAAAUGCACUACCUGCUGCUCCCUGUUCGGAGGGGAGGGGGAUGUGGGGCUUUUAGCUUAGGGUGGGUGACCCCUAGUAUUGGGAGACUUGUGAGCUGCGGUUUGUCCCCCCUAGCUAGUGCUGCCCACUUGCCAGGCAGAGCCACACUCAGUAUUCCCAGACUGGCUGUUACCAUGAAGGGGGGCAGUGCAUGACCCCAGUCUGCCCACUCCCACCAGGGAUAUGAAGUACACACUACCUGCUGCAUUCUCCAUGGUGCAGAUCUGGUGCCACUAUACCACUCUUAUUGCCAGAGACCCCCAUAGUACUGUAUGCUGCUGUGCAAUGUGUUCCUGGCACUGCUGAAAGGAUCAAUAUCUGAUCAUCUAUAUCCAGGACAAGCUGAGGCAGUGAUGACCCUGCAUUGUACAUUGUAAAGAAGAAAAGACUGUAUAGGUUAUAGGUAUGCUGUACUUCAUGGACUCUCUCAUUGUGCCUGUCUGACGCUCAACAGUUUUGUUUAUAUUUUGCACAAUUUAUUUUUUCCUAUCGACACUCAAUGCACUUAUAUCUGCAUAAACACUAAAAUGACCAGCAGUGUAUAUGUGACCUCACCAGAGGGUAGAACUGAAACCACUUUUUUUUUUUUUUUUUUUAAAUAGAACUUUUUUUUUUUUCUGUCUAUUUGAUGGAAUGUAAAGGAACAAGGUUACAAAACCUUUCCCUAAAGAUCCCACCUGUAAUCAUUUGCAUUGCAGGGCUUGUGGUUUACAGAAAUGGCUAACUUUGCAUACUGUCUCUAUAGUGAAUGUACCACACAGAUGUCUGAAGCAUUCAUGGAUUGAAUUUUUUUUUUUUUUUAUGGUCUGGUUAGAUUUCUUUAGUAAAAAAAAAAAGUAUAUACAUUUUUUUAUUUUUUUUAUUUGGCAGUGGUACUAAAUCUGUGCUAAACUGAAAAAAAGCUGACAGGGCAGUAAAGAGGUGCAUUUGGAUAUGUUUACAUGAUGUUAAAUGUGUAUAUACAGGUUUUUAUUUGAAACAUUAAAAUAUUCUAUGAACAGAA